UACGAUGACGUUUUACGCACGCAACGUAGGAUACGGAAGCGGUGACAACAAAGGCAUGAACAAAAGUCGUUAUUUUGCUUCCUCGGUGUUUCUGUAGUUUUCAGUGAACUCUGGGAGAAAACAUGGAUGCGUUCAAAGCGUCCUACUGCACUGUGUUGGAUAAAAAGAGUCAGUCUGAGUUCCUGUGCUACACACGCAGAAAACACGGAGUAUUUAAUGUUUGUCUGACAGAUGCUGCUGAUGUUUGGAGCACAGAGUAUACAGAGGAUUCACUGAACCAGUUCAGACAGAAGUUUGCCUUGAAAUCUACAGAGGAGUACAUCCUGAAGCUCAGGUCGGCCUGUGCUAGCAGGGACGUGUCCGUGGUGGUGCAGGACACCAGUGCACAGCUCCAUGUGAGCUGCAGUCCAGUUGACCUGACUGUGGCUCUUUGCAGGCUGCAGAGCCCUCAGGCCACCCAGGAGCUGAAGGAGCUGCUGUUCAGGAUGGCUGACAGCCUCGCUCAGCCAGGCAGCACAGGAGGAUCCCCCUCUGUCAGCCCGGUGAAGAAUCACCACAGGCGGCCCCUAGACUUUGAGCCUCAGCAGCCACAGACUGGUGGUCCAUCAGUGGCCACGAAGAAACGACUUCCAGGGACAUCGCUCAUCAACCCAGGAACCAAGAGGAAGCAGCAAGCGACCGGCGUGGCCUUCGAUGAUGAAGAUCAGAGCUGAUCUGAUCUGAUCUGAUGCUCUGUGUCCUCACAUUGCUGCUGCACGACCACAGACGAAUGUUCUUUUAACCCACUAUCACAACAUUAUGAACCUUUUUUUUAAAUGACAUGUGUGAUAACAUAUCCUGGACACUCAUUUUAAUGAUAUUUUAAUCUGUCAAUGAAUUAUUGGAUGUUAAUUUGUUCUGGAAAUGAAAUAAAGACUAAGUUUAAGCAACAAAAAAA